AUAAAACAAAACGGCACUACAAAUAAAACAAAAUGCCUCCGAAAUUAACUGCAUUUGCAAAAAUCAUUAUAUUCUUAAUAAUAUUUUCGAUUAUAUUUCUCGUUCAAUCAUUCAAACCAUUAACAAAAGAGGAGCAAAUUAACAAAUUCAAUAAGAUGAACGAAGAAGUUGAACCUUUCAGAAAAAAUUUAACAGAAUGCGCCCAUCAGGUCAAAGCAUCAACGGUUGACGUCGAUAACUUCUUGAAAAGAAUACCACAAUCAACAAUGCCAGGUAAAUGCUUCGUCGCGUGUAUUUUAAAACGCAACUCCAUAAUAAAGAACAAUAAAAUCGUACAAGAAAAUCUUUUGGAAGCAAAUAAAGCCGUUUAUGGAGAAGACAGUGAAGUAAUGUCGAGGCUUAAAACAGCUACUGUGGAAUGUAAUCGUGUAAUUGAAGGUAUUUUUGAAAUUUGUGAAUAUGCUUCGGUAUUUAACGAUUGUAUGCAUAUGAAAAUGGAGCAUAUCCUUGAUAAAGUUACGAUGGAGCGACGGAUGGAGGCGUUAGGACAAAUGACGUCAGAUCCAGAUAUUUGGACAGACGAAGAAGAUGAAAUGCUGAAAUUGGUUAGGGAUGAACUUUGAUUUAGCUUCUGUUAUAGAUAAAUUUGAAAAAAAUGUGUUCAUCAGUUUGUUUUUUUUAAAUAAAUAAUUAAGUUUAAUGUUAUUAAAGCAAUUAGUUGA